AUGGCUACCGGUAGCUAUUUUCCACCCUCUGGAGGCCCCUCGGGUCUAUCGCCUCGGACGUCCUCGCCGGUUUCGUCGUCGCCACUUUCCCCUCCGCUUCAACAACAGCGCUCCAACGCCUUAUCGAACCGAUUGACAAGUGUACUCUCUGUGUCGUACGCAGAUUCGGAUAUACGCGAUGCACUCGAGACUCUUAGCCUGCGAGGGGUUCAUAAUACAGCGGAGGUACGGAGGCAAUUGCGCCUCGAUGUACAGAAAGAAGUAGUAGACUGCAACGCAGAGGUCGUGAGGGACUUUGGUAAUGUCGCGGAUCAAUUAAAGCGCAUAGGGGAAGUCAUAUCGAAUCUGAAGGAAACAUGCAAUGAAAUGCGAAGGCACAUUGUGCUAGCCAGGCAGGAUACCGCCCCGGUUUUAGAGGAAGCUUCUGCUCUGAUGAGCCAGAAGCAAGAAGCUGAAACGAAACAACGUCUGUUAGAUGCAUUCACGAAGCAUUUCAUAGUCUCAGAAGACGAGCUCCUGAUACUGACAUCAGUGGAGGAGCCAAUAAAUGACGAAUUUUUCGAUGUCCUCGCCCGGGUGAAGCAAGUACACCGCGACUGUGAAGCUCUACUGGGUGCGGAAAACGAGAGACUUGGCCUCGAGCUCAUGGAGAAAAGCUCUCGGAGCCUGAACUCUGCCUAUCAGAAACUCUACCGGUGGAUCCAAAAAGAAUUCAAGUCACUGAAUCUCGAGGAUCCUCGAAUCGGCAGCACAAUCCGACGGGCACUGCGGGUACUUGCUGAGCGACCAAGCUUGUUCCACAGUUGCUUGGACUUCUUUGCAGAGGCCAGAGACUACGUUCUGUCGGAUGCCUUCCAUUAUGCCCUGACCGAUGCAGUCUCCGGGCGCGAUAACGCCGUGAAACCUAUCGAAUUCUCGGCCCAUGAUCCGUUGAGGUAUAUCGGGGAUAUGCUCGCUUGGGUGCACUCCACCACGGUUUCAGAACGGGAAGCUUUAGAAGCUCUGUUUGUUGCUGAAGGGGAUGAGCUGGCAAGGGGAAUUCAGGCAGGUCUAAGCAGCGAGCCAUGGGCCCGAAUUGACGAAGAUGAGGAAAUUACGUUUGACGGACAGAAAGCUCUGAGUGAUCUUGUAAGCCGCGACCUCGUUGGUGUCGCGCGUUCACUACGCCAGCGGGUUGAACUGGUUAUCCAAGGGCAUGAUGACCCGGUCACUUGUUACAAGGUUAUCAAUCUGCUCUCUUUCUACCAGACUACCUUUUCCAAGCUCAUGGGCCCAAAUUCCAACCUGGCGGAGCUGCUCCAAGCUCUCGAAAAAUUUACCUUGGGCCAUUUUGAAACAAUAAUGCGCGACGAAAUCGGCAACAUUUCAACAGACCAGGCGGCCCUGACAGCCCCAGAAGAUCUAUCGGCACCACAGUUCCUUCAGGACUCGCUAGAGGUCCUAACAUCGUUGAUGAAAACCCAUGAAGCAUCCCUCGGAAUAGAAGAUCCUAAUAGCACACCCGAAAACAAAGAGAACAAGUUCACGCCAGUCCUAUACGCAGCCCUCGAUCCAUUCUUCAAUAUCGCAAAGUCUUGUGCAGAAGAACUCCCCAACUCUACGGCUCGCGCAAUUUACCUAACAAACAUUCACAUCACCACCCGUUCUUCCAUAUCCCCCUAUCCCUUCGCAGCUGCAACACAUCUCCCUCCACUUUCAUCCGCCAUCUCUACGCUUCGCGUCGAUCUCCUUGAGAUCCAGCAUCGCUACCUCCUCGACGCCUCCGGCCUCCAGGUCCUCCUAACAGCCCUCCAACCGUUCUCCGAUCGCCCAGCGUCAGGUACAAAAGAACAAGACAUUACAGCGAUUGCGACUGUUCCAGAAUUCCAGCCGGAAGCGCUCAUAGCAACCAGUCAACAACUGGACGACUUCCUCCCCUCCGCACUCAUGGACGCCACCGAUAAUCUGAAACGCAUACAGAGCGCAUCGUUUGUUAAGAGUGUCACAGAGGAAGCAGUUGAGGCUUUCUGCCGGGACUUCGAAUUUGUAGAAGGGAUGAUUAUCGGCGCCGAUGAGGGAAGGAAUGUUGGCGAGGCUACUGGUGCAGUCAAGGAGGACAAUGAGGACGAGGAGAGUGAUGAAGGGGAGGAACAGGAGAGGAGCUUGAGGAGGUUAUUCCCGCGUACGACGGGGGAGAUCCGUGUAUUGUUGAGUUGA